UCCUCCUUACCAAUUCAAAAUAGAAAAAAUACAGAGAGGAGAGAGGAGAGAGGAGAGAGGAGAGAGGAGAGAGAAGGGAAUGUACAAGUCGAAGCUACAGGAGUUGUGCCAGAAGAGGCAUUGGAGUCUUCCAACGUACACCUCCGCUAAGCAAGGCCUCGACCACAACCCUAGCUUCUCUGCUGCGGUGAUCGUCAAUGGCCAAUCAUUCCACACCUCCACUUCUUCCAAAUCCUCCAAGGAAGCCCAAAACGACGCCGCUAGGAUCGCCUUCGACUAUCUCUCUCUCAACGGAUCCCUUGAUAAGCUUCCCAUUCCCAGCGCUUCCUCUUUCCCUCAACCCUCGCUCCCCUCGUCGACCGAUACGGCUCAUAAAGGUGAGGCUGCUGUUGAGGAGGUAUCCCUACCAGAGUUUGCAGCGUCCAGUUGCUCUUCGAAGUUGUCUGAGACCAACGUCAACAACAUCAUCUGCCGCCAUCAACUAGAUGCAACUAAAGUUCAUUGUCCUCGAGAGGGGCAAACUGCCGACAAGCCUCCAGAAGGGCAAGUAGCUCUUUGUGAGGCUAUCUUCAAAGCUGGGGGCUAUUUCCCGCUACACUCGUAUUAUGUCAAGGUUCUUGACUAUCUUGGGAUUGCUCCCAUGCAGUUGGCUCCCAACAGCUGGCUUAUCUUGGCAUGCAUGUGCAUCCUAUAUCACCAAGAGGGGUAUGAGGAUCCCACCCCUGAGGAGAUUGGCCAUCUAUACGGAUUGAAGAAAACUUCUCAGUUUGACCAUGGGUACUACUGUCUUUGCUGCCAUGUUCCUCAAUCCUCGGUGAUUGAGGGCAUGGUGUCCAACACGGGCAGUUGGAAGUCCGAGUUUUUCUUUGUUUCCGGUGUUCCCGUGAAGAAUACUAAUUUUCAACAUGCGAAGUCUCGCAUAACGAGGUCACUCCCUACUGAUGCUGCCGAGCGGGUUAAGAACAUUCUGGGGCUUGAUGUCUCGAGGAGAUUCACUGCCAACCUCUUCAAGGAGGAGACACUUCGCAUGAGUGGUCUGCUUAAGACAGACCAAGUCGCUGUUAAUUUGUUCACACCUCCUCUCUUAUGCGAAAAGUCCAAGGAGUCAAAAUCCGAGCUUGUGGUUGAGGCGACCCCUAAGCGGGUUUCUGUGAAGUUGAAAGUGCCCCCGUCCAAACGCCAAAAGAAAAACCCCCAGGCCGAGCCUGCUUCCCUACAGACUGCUCUUGACGAAGUCGUUCCGGACCCUAAUCAGGCAACUCUAGAUGCCCAAGACCAAGCGCCUAGGGUAGUCCCAUCACAACUCGAGGAGUCAUUAACAGGUGCCUCCGAGCUUAUGGCUGUUGGCUUGCCAUCUUGGGAUCAGGAAGCCGGGCAACAGACUCCUAUUCUUGGUAAAACAACAACGAGCCCACUGCCCCUUACAAAGGUAUUUCCCGCAGGAUUGGGCUUGCCCCUCCCCUCACAGGAUCUACUUCAAGUAGACAGCCCCGGGGCUACAUCUAGCACUGAGGCUUCGCAGAACAACGGGCUUCUUCCCGAUCAGCUUCGAUUUGUUGAGCGGGUCUCAUCCAUGACCCCCAAGGCUGUAGUGCUUCUAACAGAGGGGGAGUGCAGGAGUUCAAACUUAAUGGUUUUCCCCCAAAUUUUUGACCACGCUCUAGCGAGAUCUUUAGUGACUACUGCGGAUGUGCUCCGUUGUACUGAAUUGUACAAGGACUAUGAGGCCAAGUAUGUCCUACUCAAGGCCACGCACAAGGAGGCUGUGGACCAACUGACAAAAAUGGGCUGCGAGCUCCAGCAAAAAUGCAAGGUCCUUACUCAACAAAACGAGGAGCAACUCAUCCAGAAGGGGGUCUUGGAAAUGGAGAAAGCCAGCUUGGUCCAAUCAUUAGAGGGCUUGCAGCUAGAGAACUCUCGUCUUGGCGAGGAGCUUGUGGGAUUGAAGGCCCUUAAUUUGGAGAAGGUUGGGGUUAUCCAGCGAUUAGAAGGCACCCAAGCUAAGGCGCUUAAGGAUCUUGAGUGCAAACGGCUAGGCGCCGAGCGGGCUGCCAAGGAGUCCCAGGAGCUUAAAGAUCGCAUCUUCACUUUAGAGUUGGAGAACGAGGAUUUGAGGACUCGUUGCGAGGAGGAGCUCGAGCCUCUUGACGAGGAUGCGAUUACAGACAGAACCUCUGAGAGUCUUCUUUAUACCUUGUGGAGUGAGCAUCCUGAGUUUGACUAUUCAGCUCUUGGCAAAGAGUUUGUGGCUAAUUGCAUUGCCAAAUGGACCGCUGCUCUGGAAAAGACUCCUAGCCCGAGCAGGAUUAGCAAACAAGGCAACCUAGGUUGUUCGGGUGCAAUCACUGAUGUAGAAACUAUACAUGGAGUCGGUCAGACCUUCCAGCAAACGAGUAAAGGAGCAUACCAAUAUCAAACUCCUCACGCAGAUGACAACACAUCAAGUGUCAGUCCUCAAACCAUUGGAAGCGCAACAGCUGUCAGUGGAAAUACAUUUAGAGAUGUGCAACAUUUAUACAAGAGUCAUCUGCAAAUGUAUGCUCAGAAAAAGAAUCUUGCUCUUCCUACUUAUUCUUGUGAGCGGGAAGGUCCUCCACAUGCCAGUCGCUUCAAGUGUAGGGUAACAGUUGAUGGAAAAAUAUACGAGUCAUCAGAAUAUUUUCCCACAUUGAAAGAGGCUGAACAUGCAGCUGCAAAAGUUGCUUUGGCCUCAUUAUCUCCUGAUGUAGUUCAAAAGGAUGAUUCUACCUUCUACAAGAAUCUUUUGCAAGAACUUGUUCAGAAAGAAGGUUUCCGUUUACCAACAUAUAGCACAGAAAGAUUUGGUGAAGCUCAUUGCCCUGUUUUUGUUUCUACCGUGGAGAUAGAAGGAAAGCACUUCAGUGGAGAAAAAGAAAAAACGAAGAAGCUGGCUGAAUCAAGUGCAGCGAAGGCUGCAUACGAUGCUUUGAGAGACUGUAAAUCAAGUCAGAGUCUUCGCUGUCUGCCUUCUUCUCAGAAAGUACAUGAAGCUCAAAAUUUGUUAUCUCCCUGCUCAAAAUCUAAUGUUUCAGUUAAUGUCACAACUGAUGCACCGAUGAACUUAAGUUCUAGUUCAAUUCCUGUGCAAGCUGAGGAUCAGACAGGUUUUAAUGUCACAACUGAUACACCGAUGAACUUAAGUUCUAGUACAAUCCCUGUGCAAGCUGAGGAUCAGACAGGUAAAGGAGGUCUGUCUUCAUCUGACAUUAACGGUGGUUCACGGGAUACAAUCUCUUCCACUUCGUCUGAGCUGAAAACCGAUACAUCUUUACCUUCUCUUUCUAACAAUCUCUCUAAUUUUGUUGUGGAUUUAACCGUCGAGCCAAAUGACACAUGCGUCAAGCCCUCGUCCAAUCGGAUUAUCUUAUCCUGUAAUAAGGUCACCAUUUAUCCCGCAACGAAACCAAUUCCUGCUGGCAGCACUCUGUUACAUCUGAGUGACGAAAAUUGGGUUGCUUUCUCUCCUCCUGAAUCAACGAGUUAGAUAAACUAGCUUUCUAAAGCUCACUCCUACUGACUUUCUUCUUAAUAUUUUGGGAACAAUGUGCAUUGCAACACUGAUAUUUUGAUAGGUUAUACAACAAUGUGCAUUGCAACAUUAAUAUCAUGUUCUUUCUUUCAGUAUGUUUCUGCAGUGUAUAUUCUAUUACUAAUAAAUAUGCAGUAUGUGCUGCUGAAUAACCACACAUGUUUCUGGGUUAUGUUGGAUAAAUGCAGUGAGGGAUUUAUAAUA